GUGUGCAGGAUCCUCAACAUGAGAAGAUAAUUACUGUGACUACUAAUGGAAGUAUUCACAGCCCCAAGUUCCCACACACAUACCCACGCAAUACUGUACUAGUGUGGAGAUUGGUAGCAGCAGACGAAAAUGUAUGGAUACAGCUUACUUUUGAUGAAAGAUUUGGGCUUGAGGACCCAGAAGAUGACAUUUGCAAGUAUGACUUUGUAGAAGUUGAAGAGCCUAGUGAUGGCACUGUUUUAGGGCGCUGGUGUGGUUCCAGUAGUGUGCCAAGCAGACAAAUCUCCAAAGGAAACCAGAUCAGAAUAAGAUUUGUGUCUGAUGAAUAUUUUCCUUCUGAACCUGGAUUCUGCAUCCAUUAUACACUUCUUAUGCCACACCACACGGAAGCACCUAGCCCAUCAUCGCUACCCCCAUCAGCCUUACCGUUAGAUGUAUUGAACAAUGCUGUUGCUGGAUUUAGUACUGUGGAAGAACUUAUCCGGUACCUUGAACCAGAUCGGUGGCAACUGGAUUUGGAAGAUUUGUACAGGCCAACAUGGCAACUUCUUGGAAAGGCGUAUAUUCAUGGGAGGAAAUCAAGAGUGGUCGAUCUCAACCUCCUAAAGGAGGAGGUGCGGCUGUACAGUUGUACUCCUCGCAACUUCUCAGUGUCACUGAGGGAGGAGCUGAAGCGGACUGACACCAUCUUCUGGCCAUUGUGUCUGCUGGUCAAACGUUGUGGUGGAAACUGUGCCUGCUGUCAUCAGAGUUGCAAUGAGUGCCAAUGUGUACCAACAAAAGUCACCAAAAAAUACCAUGAGGUUCUUCAGCUGAAGCCAAGGAUUGGUGUCCGGGGAUUGCAUAAAUCAUUGACAGAUGUACCCUUGGAACACCAUGAGGAGUGUGACUGUGUCUGCAAAGGGAAUACUGAAGGAUAAACAUGAUUUAAUUGUGCUGUUUUCUUUCAAAGCACAUUCAAUCAAUGGCUGAUUCUAUUAUGGGGCUUGUGCAUUAUCUCCUUCUGUAAUCUCAGUUGUUUGCUUUGAGGAUCUUCCAUCUUCAGCAUUUACAGUGAGCUCUAAAAAGAGGAGAAGACGACCUGGGAUUAUACGUUGCGUGACAGCUCUGCUUGGAGGCCUAGUGAAAGGAUGGGAGAAAGCAUCAAUGAGGGAUUUAAAAUAUAUGUAUUGUUUUAUCCCCCAGAAUUUUCUUGACAACACAUGGAUUUAUAAUUUAGGAGUAAAAACAAAGUUAGAAGGCUCACAUCAUGGAGACUUGAUCCUGCUGGCUGUCUCGUUUCUACAGCUCCAGUACAUCUGGCCUAUGGUUGAAAACACGUGAAAUCUUUCUUUCUGUGUUCAGCUACUCCUAUGUACUCUAAAUCGAAGCAUUCUCUGUUGUAUAAACUUGGGUUAAAACAGACUGUCUUGGUCCAAAUUAAACUUAAUUUGU